ACUGUCUAACAGCUGGCAGUGUAAUCUCUCUAUGUGGAAAUGGUUUGUCCUUCCUGUGCCUCUGUCUGCUGAGUGGUCAUUGGCUGAAAAUCAAGAAUAAUGCAUCUGGGUGUAUAUUGUCCAAUAUUUGUGAAAAUUUCCAUCUUGUUUUAACUACUGCAAAAGACAUUGACAACAUACUUAUUAAUAAGAAGAUGUCAUUUCUACGAUUCAGCAGUGUUACUGGAUCUGAGCUGCUAUAUUUUUGCCAUUUUUGAUGAUUGAUUAAGGGGUUCUUGAUAUAACUUCAAGUUAAAAAAAUGUCAUAAAAUUUUCAUAACUUCAGCAUCCUACCCAUUACAAUGAUGUUUGUGCAAUGGCCUCUUGUGGGUAGAGUAGAGUUUUACUAUGGAUCCAUGGCAUUCUUCCAAACCAUUCUUAACAAUAUAUUUCUCCUCUACCAUGUUGAUUUGUUUGUUUCUGUUUAUAAAAUUGACAAGAUGUCAUUCUGGAUUGGAGAAACAAUUUUUCUAAUAUGGAAUUCCUUCAAUGAUCCACUUUUUGGAUGGCUGAGUGAUAAGCAAUAUCUGUCAACAAAAAAACAUUCUGAAAGUGCUAGCAGUGCCUUAGAAAUUGUAACGAACCGCCUGAAUGCACUUAUGUAUAAUGGGCCUUUAUUGGCAUUAUCUUUUGUUUUAUUUUGGUUUCCAUGGGGAUUUCCUGGUCUCCAGUUUGUAGUCUGCCUCUGUCUGUAUGAUGGGUUCCUUACUCUUGUGGAUUUACAUCAUUCAUCAUUGUUAGCUGAUUUGGCUGUAUCAGCUAGGGAACGUACACAGCUAAACACAAUGAGUUCUCUUUUCAGUGCAUUAGGAUCAGCCUCUGUUUUUUUUUCUUACUCAGUUUGGAGUAAAGAAAAUCUUCAUUCAUUUAGAAUAUUUUGUUCUUGUUUGGCUAUUUUUUCAUUCAUUGGAUUUGUUGUGGCUAUAAAUUUGAUGAAACAAGAAAGAACUAAAACAUUGAAGAAAUCUUUCUCCUAUGAUGACUCUUGGAGUAACAGAUUUGACAAGUAUGAUGACUCCAGUCCAACUGAAAAACCUGUAAUCACUACUUUUCUGUCACAACUUUGGAACCAACAAAAUUUUAUAUGGUUUACGAUGAUGAAUCUUAUUCAGGUUUUUCACUGUCACUUCAAUAGCAAUUUUUUUCCGUUGUUUCUGGAAAAUUUAUUAGGAAAUUCUGUGAGCUCAAGUUUUGGAUCAUUCUUAAUUGGUAUAUCUUUCCUGGCACCCCAUGUAAAUAAUCUGUUCUUCCUAGAGCUGUGUAAGCGGUAUGGUGUGUACAAAGUCAUACAAAUCUUGUUCUCCAUCAAACUUUCUCUUAGCCUCUUCAUGUUCUUCAUGGGACCCAAGAAUUUGUGGCUGCUCUGUCUCUUCAUAGCCAGCAACCGUGUAUUUACUGAGGGAACCUGUAAACUAUUAAACUUGGUGAUCAGUGACCUUGUGGAUGAAGACUAUGUUCUUCAUAACCGAAAAAAGGCAGUCUCUGCCCUGAUUUUUGGGAGUACUGCACUGCUGUCUAAACCAGGCCAGACACUAGCACCACUGGUUGGAAUGUGGCUACUAUCAAUGCAGACAGGUCAUGACAUUUUCCAGACAAGUAACAAGAUUCUGCAGCUUGGCAACAGUCACGAUGAACAAAGUAGUCUGGAACAGUACCGACAAGGCUGCUUCAAUCUUCUUGUUUACAUUCCUAUUCUGUGUGCUGCCAUUCAGCUUGCAGUCUGGUCACAGUUCAGACUUCACGGUCACCGACUCCGAUGGGUGAAGUCCUGUCGUACUGGAACAGACCACUCUUUAAUAUAAGACAUCUGAACUGUCAGGGUUUUAAUCUUUAUUUCCUGUUCAUACAAAUAAGUCAAUGAACAGGAAAUAACUGAUUGUGAAACUGUUGUCAUCUCUUUUAAAUCAAAACCAAUAUAUUGUGUCUUAGUCCACACACUGCUGCUGUGUAUAUUACUGCUUAAGAAUGUCAUAUACUGUUUUUGUUUUUUUGAGAGAGCAAGAGAGUGUUGAUAUUAUCCUUUAAAUUUAAAACAGUUUUACAACAGGAUGCACCCAGCUUUCUUUUAAAUUGAUAUUUUGUAUGAUCUAAUAGAGUAAUAACUUGUGUGUAAUUUAUGUCCUACAUAAACACUAAUCAAAGAUGUAUCUUUUGUAUACUCUAAUGUAUAGGAAACAUGUUAUAUGUCAUGUUUUUAAUGGUCAUUGACAAUUUAUUACUUUUUGAUGUGCCAUAUAAAUAAAUGAGUUUAUGUCACAAAUAUACAAAAGUUGAAAUCCAUUCUCAUGGUAGCUCUUGUCUAGAUCAUCAUGAAACAUUCACUUAUUUGUUUGUGAUUCCAGUAGGUAUUUUGAGUGAAGAGAUAAUCAACUUUGUCGUGAAAAUCAAAAUUCAAACAUAGAUAUAGGAGAUGUCAUUGAAGAAUGAUAUAGUACUACCAUCAAGAGUGUAUUUCAGCAUCUAAAUUCUACUUUUCUCAUUUUGUUAUAUACCAUACUUAUCCUACACUACGUAGAAAUUCAGCCUUUAUGCUAGUUGAUGGGCAGGUUGGAGGACAAUGAAUUAUAUUUGUUGGUGAUUCUGCUCAACAGCAGUAGAUAUGGAUGGGCUAUUGCCUGGCAUGGACUGAUUGAGGAAAUACACACAGGACUGGUGGUGUUAUCAUUAUGUGUAUUCAUGUUAAAUGUCUUUUUUAUAUGCUUUGUUGAUUGUUCAGAUAUUCUUUUGAUUUAUUUUUACUAAACAUUGAUUUCUCCAAAGCAAGUAUUGUAAGUAAGUUUUGUAAAUUAACUACUGUGAUAAUAAUGGUUUACUGGACCAAACUGUGAUCAAGUAAUGUUCAACAAAUACCUAGCACAGCAUUAUGCUACAAUAUACUUUUGUCAUAAUAGGUUAUCAUUGCAUUACUGUGAUGGUAGACAGUAAUUAUCUGCCAAAAGGUAUUAUACUUGUAAGUGUAAAAUCAUAAUUGGUCACAUUUUUUAUCUAUCUUACCUGUAGAAUGAAAAUAAUUUGCUCAUAUUUUGAAGUGACAGGGUAUUUAUAUUUUAUCAUUAUUCCUGAUCAUGGAAUACCUUUACAUAGCAAUAAUUACUUGUUAAGAAUCAACUGUUUUACAUAAAUAUCAUAUAGAGGUGCUGGUUUUGAUUCAGUGAUAAUAAAGUGAUUCAAUUUAACGAAGGUGCUGUCAUUUAGCCAUUGAAAUUAGGGCAACAUAUCAACAGAUUUUGUUGAGGAUCUUUGACACAUGUGCUGUAAAAUUUAUUGUUUGAAUGGAUGGGAAUGUAAAAUUUGAAGCAUAAUGGUAAAAUCAGCUACUAGCAAAAAAAUUAGAUAGCUUGAGAAAACACCAGCUUACAGAUAUUUUGACUUAUGCCCUGUGCACUCCCAUUUAACAUUCUGUUUGGUGACAUAAAGUUAUUAACACAAACUUUAUUUAGGAUUUCACCAGUAUGAAGCCUACAGAAUUUGUUCCACUUAGUGAAUAAUCAUUUUAAAUACAUCUUUUUAAUUUCAAUGCAGAAUAUUGAAUUCGAGAAUACAUCAUAUUGGUCCUGUAGUUAUACUAUCGAUGUUCUAGUCCCCCACUUCAGGAAAAUGCUUCUAAAUUGUAAAUGCAUUUAUUGGGAGAAUGUCACAUAUAAGGUAUGUAUUUAUUGUUGUAUAGCAGUUAAUGUUGAUCUUUCAACUGGGUCCUCUUCACCUACCUGGUCUGGUAUAUAUGAGCGCAAUUCCAGGGUCUACAGCAAAAGGUUUAUUAUCAGAAUGAAAGCUUUAAAUUUGACACUUACCCAAGGAAAAUAUUGGUUUAUAUCUGUGUUGUAUAUACUGUCAUAUCCAUUUCAUAUCAUUCAAUUAUAUAUUUUUAUAAUGGAUAGGAAAGCUUUCUAUAAAAAUUUACAAUAGGAGGGAAUUUUCUUCAUUCUUGCCAUUUUAUAGAUUUUUUAAAUGAGAUCAUUUGGUAUAUGUUUUCACUGAGUACAGAAAGACCUUUCAACUUUUAGUCAUUUCAUCAGAUGUUGGGAAGACAAAUACCACAUUUCUUCAAAAACUAAUUUUUAUUUCUUUUGUUUUAUCAUUACUUAAAAGUAAAAAAUUUUACGUGGUUGAAUGCUGAUUGUUCUAUGCUACAUAAACAAAAUUAUUAACCUGCAUAAUUAAUUACCAUUAAACAACAUUUACAUUGGUUUUGUAAUAAAUUUUGUGAUAAAAGGAAAAAUCACACGCUUAUUGUUUCCUGGUUAAAAAAAAAAGUCUUAAUAUAAAGCCCAGGGAAAUGGAACAACUAAACAGUAUUCAUAGGAAACUUUUUAAUCAAUUUCACAAUAACACUAUGGAGAUUGUUGAUGUCAUUACAUGGUAAAAAGGCUAUCCCCAUUAAGAGUGAAUGUCAGGUAUUUCAAUAUGUAUCUAAUUGAUGAAAUAGGAAUAUUUCUGGUGCUAACAAACUUCAUUAUUAUCAUGAAUAGGAUUGAGUCCAACACAGAAGGGCCUUUUUUAUCCGAAUUUCAUGCCAGUGUUGUUUUUAUAUUUCGACUCAACAGAGAUCUGUCAUCAGUACAAUCGUUAUUGUUGUGAUGAGACAUCACUAUUGUUUUGUCAGGUAUUAACAGUCUCUGCGAUCUUUAUUUUCACAUCUCGUCUACAUAGCAAUCAGAUCCUGUGAUAUCGAGCAGUGAUCCAAGGAUAAGAUAGAUCAUUUUCGCGUAGUGAUUUCUUUUCUAUUUAAGGACCAAAACACAGUUCAUUUUGCUAUAUAUUGAUAUUUCUUUAUGUACCACCAGCAGUUGAAACAUUGUCACUGUCAUCAUAUUUUUCUGCAUUGAAUUGGUAACAAGGGCCUUUUUUUAUAUUAUUGUGUUAUAUUUUCAGCUCCCCACAGAAUUUUCUAUAAGGCGUGUUGACAUGACAAUAUUCUUUGGUUUAAGUUUAUAAUUUCAUUCCAUGUUCAUUCUUGAAACAAUUUUGAAAUGUCAGUUUAAUUUCUCUUCAUCUAAAGCCACACAAAGACUCAGAUAUGAAAGUAUUUACAAACUUUAUUCAAUAUCCUACAUAGUUCACCAGUUGACCUUUGUAGGACAUUGAAAGUGCAUUAGUUUUCAGUCAUAGGUAGAAACACUCACCAGUAUAUAUGUGAUGCUGAAAUUCAUCUACACAUCUUAGUAAUAGAUAAUUUUUUGACAUCAAAUACUGAUUUAAAUCAUAAUGAUGAAAGAAUGGAUCUUAUUAGCAUUUUUAUACAAAUUUCAUAGAGAUGAGAAAGGAAGUUCUGUGGAUUAAAACUGAAUAACAGUUGAAAUUAUGAAAUCAUCGUCAAAUAUUGCAACCAAAACAGGUGCAAUUUUUAAAGUGAAAAGGUGUUAACAAUAUACAAAAUUUUUUAGCAGUGAGUCAAGUAUUUGUAUGAUUACAGAUUCAGAUAUAAUUCAGUUUAAGGUGAACAAAAUAAGAGGCAUGUGCCAUACAUUUUCAUAUAUUUGUGCCAAGGAAAUAAUUGAAAUAAAGAUCAUUACAGUAAGAUUGUUAAGUAUUUUCGGUAAAAUAUUUUCUAAGGUUUGCAUAUAUUUAUAGAUUUUCAUAUAUCACAACUGGUAAGAAAAUUUGUGACAUUUCAGCUGCUACUUGCCACUUUUAUGUGACCAGUGGAGUUAUAUAAACUGAAGUGUAAAGUGGAUGGAAUGGUUAUCAUAUCAAUGUGGCUUUUCGGCUAUGCUAUUAUCUACAAAAUGAUAAAAUCAUUAUGCAUUCAGUAUGAGUAGGUAAUGAUCCACCAAAGUCAAUUCUUGGAUUUAGACACUAAAAAGUCACAAAACAUUUGUCUAACUAGUUCUGAUAUACAAAAUGUAUUCAUAAACAUGAAUGUGUAUCAAACCAAACGAAAAUCACUUUGAGGAAUGUUCCUUAUUAGUCUAGGACAGUUUUUACCACGGACAGUUCCUCAACACAACGCAUAAUGCAUUGUUAUCUUUGUUAUGUCACAGUGUGAAAAACCAGGCUCAAUAUUUUUUAUAGAGUACAUAAACAAUGUAGAUACUCUCUGUGAUGGUGCUGGGAAAUUUUGACAAUAUGUGUUCUUAAACCUGUUUUUUAAGUGUCCAUUUUAUUGUUUUAUAACCACCUUGGUUUUUGUGUUCAGCAUCUAAUGAAUUAAGAUAAGAUCAAACUUGAUAAAUUUGAUGUCAGUGAUUUUUUUAAAAGAUUUUAUUAUAGCUUCUCACAUUUAAACUUGUCAAUAGAAUUUUAAACGUGCUUUAUUUUUCCAAAUAUUUUUGGUUUGAGAAAACAAAUAUUGUUAUUCCGAGAGUGACAAUUGUAAAGAUUUCUUCUCAAUAAUUAGAAAAAGAUUGAAGCUGGUUGGAGUCCGUGAUAUACAGUGGACAUCAGAAACCAAUUUCACAAUAUUUAUAAAUUUGUUUGAUACUGGAUUAAUUUAUAACCAUAAUAGAGUUGUUGAUAUAUGUACAGCUUAUCAUGAUUUUGAAAUUUUAUCAAAACACAGUUGAUUCAUUUUAUUGUAUCCACUUUCAAAGCACUGCAUAACCAAAUAUAUAUUUAUAUUAAACAUGUCACAAACAUA